AAGCUAAAGGUCACCCUUGUUUUCAGCCUGCCGCUCGUUUUUCAGUUCUGUGCCGGGGACAACGUCACCGAUGACUACGACUCCAACAGCACCAUCGACUACAACCUGUUUGAGACCCUGUGUGAGAAGAAGGAGGUGCGCUCGUUCCGCGCCGCCUUCCUGCCGGCCAUGUACAGCCUCAUCUGCUUCACGGGGCUGCUGGGCAACGGGCUGGUGAUGCUCACCUACAUCUACUUCAAGAGGCUGAAGACCAUGACGGACAUCUACCUGCUGAACCUGGCUCUGGCAGACAUCCUCUUCCUGCUGACCCUGCCCUUCUGGGCCGCCAGCGCGGCCACGCACUGGCUCUUCGGGAAGUUUGCCUGCAAGGCCGUUUACUGCAUCUGCAAAAUGAGUUUCUUCAGCGGGAUGCUGCUCCUGCUGUCCAUCAGCAUCGACAGGUACUUCGCCAUCGUCCAGGCGGCCUCGGCCCACCGCCUGCGGCCCCGCAUGAUAUUCAUCAGCAAGGUGACCUGCGUCAUCAUCUGGCUCCUGGCCUUCAUCCUCUCCAUCCCCGAGCUGGUUCACAGCGGCGUGAACAACCUGGAGACCCACCCUCGUUGUUCCAUCAUCGCUCAUGACCUGCAGACCUUCAACACCGGCAUCAAAGUGUCGCAAAUGGUGUUCGGCUUCUUAAUUCCCCUGCUGGUCAUGUCUUUCUGCUACCUCGUCAUCAUCAGAACGUUACUCCAGGCCCGCAACUUUGAGAAGAACAAAGCCAUCAAGGUCAUCAUCGCCGUGGUCAUUGUCUUCGUCGUCUUCCAGCUGCCCUACAAUGGUGUCAUGCUGGCCAAGACCAUCUCGGCCUUCAACCAGACCAGCUCGUGUGAGGAGAGCAAGAAGCUGGACGUGGCGGACGACGUGACCUACACCCUGGCGUGCUUCCGAUGCUGCCUCAACCCCUUCCUCUACGCCUUCAUCGGCGUCAAAUUCCGCACCGACCUCUUCAAGCUGCUGAAGGAGCUGGGCUGCCUGAGCCAGGAGCGCCUCUGGCAGCUCACCAGCUGCCGCGAGAGCAAGAGGUUCUCCUUCGCCAUGGAGACAGAGACAACCACCACCUUCUCCCCGUGA